GAAAGAAUCGAAACCUCCCUCCGCGUUUCCAAGGAGGAACGAGAGAAGUUCCUGGAAAGGUGGAAAUCCCAAGGUUGGAAGAGCAACCACCUGGAGAAAAUCAGGAGGGAAGGGAGGAAAAUUGUGGGUGAAUUCCAGAGUUUCCAGCAGUUUUUGAAGGAGCAGGAGCAUCUUCUCCUCACCCAACUGGCAGAUCUGGACGGGGCCAUCACCAAGGUCCAGGAGGAAGCAGUGGCCAAGGUCUUGGAGGAGGUGGCCCAGCUGGAGACCUUCCUGUGGGAGAUGGAGGGGAAAUUCCAGCUGCCAGCCCGGGGGUUCCUGCAGGACAUCAGAAAAUACCUGGACAGCUGUGAGGAGAUGAAGUUCAAACCCCCCCAGGAAAUUUCCCACCCCCUGGAGAAGCAACUGGAGGAUUUGCUCCAGAAGAACCACCUGGUGAGAGGAACCCUGAGGAGGUGUCAGGACACCCUGAUAUUGAAGCUGCAGAAACCAACCAAGGUGACCUUGGAUCCCACCACCGCCCACCCCAACCUCCACCUCUCCCAGGACCUCCAAGAAGCCCGAGGCCAAUUGACCCCCCAGGUUUUGGGGGACAACCCGACCCGUUUCGACUACGAACCUUGUGUCCUGGGUCUCCAGGGCUUCUCCAAGGGGAGACACUUCUGGGAGGUGGACGUUGGCCAAGGAGGAGGGGUCUGGUCCUUGGGGGUGGCCCGGGGGUCCAUCAAGAGGAAAGGACCCCUCAGCUUCACCCCAAAAGAAGGGGUCUGGGCUUUGGGGUCCUACCACAACCUCAGCCCACCCAAAGCCAACCAAGGUCUCCAACCCCUUCCCAGGAGGAUCCAGGUCUUCUUGGACUACGAGGGGGGUCGUGUGUCCUUCUACAGCCCUGGGGGAGAUGAUCCCAUCUUGGUUUUCCCCCAGGCCACGUUCCACGGGGAGAAGAUCUUCCCCUGGUUCAAGGUGGGGUUGGGGCCUCGUCUGCGAGAGGUCACGCAGGGGUCAAGGUCAAGGGAAGGGCAGGGGGUGUCCCCUCUGGAUUGGGUGGGGUUCAGGGGGCCCCUGAGGAUCUGCCCUUGA